UAUGAGUCUGUCGUAGACGCUGAUUGUCGUUUGAUGUGCAAAAUCGCGUGAAUGACGCAGAUUGAGGCGUUGGUCCGUGCGUCAAUCCUACCUAAAUCAAACGCCCUUGCAAACACCAGUUCCCAAACCUACAUAUACCGUAAUCCACGGAUCGCUUUUCGCCUUUGAUACUUAGGUUUUCCUGGCGUGUGUGUAUCAAGAUGCGAAAGCGCAAACGCAAGGACAGCAAUGUCGACAGUCUGCCGAAGGCCAAGGAGAUCACGAGCCCCCGUCUCUAUAAUUCAACGUCCAGGCUUGGCUUCCUCGAUCUUCCUAGGGAGCUUCGUGACAUGGUGUACGCCAAUAUCCUAACCAACGGCCCCCCCGGUGGCAUGGGGAUCUUCCGUCUCAACAUCGGUCAGCGUAUGGAAAAAAUCAAAGGAAGGGGCGUCACAAGAACUUUGCGCCUUAACAAACAAAUCUUCAUGGAGGCCAAGGAGGCUCUAUACUCUCUCAACAUCUUCUCAAUCGAUCUCACUAGCUGGAACCCACACCUCUGAACUGCGAGCCCAAACGGUGACGCUCAACUUUUGGUCUCAUCGGGCGCCUUCCCUAAGGGUGUUGACUUAUCUUCAAUCCAGCACAUGAACCUCCAAUUCCACUUUU